GGAGACCAGAUAUAGUGAAUGCAGGGUCCGGGGAGACCAGAUAUAGUGAAUGCAGGGUCCGGGGAGACCAGAUAUAGUGGAUGCAGGGUCUGGGGAGACCAGAUAUAGUGAAUGCAGGGUCCGGGGGAGACCAGAUAUAGUGAAUGCAGGGUCCGGGGAGAUCAGAUAUAGUGGAAUGAGACCAGAUAUAGUGAAUGCAGGGUCCGGGGAGACCAGAUAUAGUGAAUGCAGGGUCCGGGGAGACCAGAUAUAGUGGAUGCAGGGUCCGGGGAGACCAGAUAUAGUGGAUAUAGUGAAUGCAGGGUCCGGGGAGACCAGAUAUAGUGAAUGUCCAGGG